AUGAGUGCCCGGUUCGGUUUUAUUAAAAGCGAAUGCCUGAUACUUUUCAGUGGUGACAAGACGACAAACGGUACAUUCGCCACUCCUGGUUUCCCCGAAUCAUACCCGCCUAACACGCGUUGUACAUUUCAGUUCAGGGGAAGAUCAGAUCAGGUUGUGUGGAUCUUGUGGAAUGAUUUCUUCUUGGAAGAUCCUUUGCCACUUCACAGGUGCCUCCAUGACUACGUGGAAGUCAUCGUACUGGACUACAAAGAUGUUCAACACAUUAGCGGUCGUUAUUGUGGUAACAAGAAACCUCCCGACUUCAAAACCAUGCAGCGUUCGGUCGAUAUCAUAUUCCAGUCCUCAUUCAGCAAACAUUUCCAAGGAUUUUCAGGAACGUACAGGUUUCUUGACGAAGCCGAUGUACAGCCUUCGCCUAGCCAUUUUCCAGGAAAGGCUGAUCCACAUGGUGCUGGUUGUGGCGGAUACUCCCGCGACUCUCAUGGCGGUACUAUCCAAAGCCCCAAUUAUCCAGAAGAGUACAUUGGCGAUCUGGAAUGCAACUGGGUGAUUCGAGUCAGAUCAGACAAGCAGAUAUUCAUCAAGGUUUUGGAACUGGAACUGACGCCGAGCUUUCAGUGUGAAGAUGCGCAGCUGGAAGUGAUCGAUGGGUACGCGCAUUUCAUGCCGGGUGAAGAGGGCUCGUUGCCGCUGAGUCAGAGAAUACGCUUCUGCGGCGAAAGCAAAUACUACCGCGAGGAGGGCGAAAAGUCGUACAUGUCUGACAGGAAUCGAAUCCAAAUAAGGUACCCAUGCAACGAGUUCUAUUGCCGUGGAGGAGAGUACUGUAUCGAUGAGGGCAAAAGCAUCUGUGCCGAGCGUAAAAGGUACUGCAUCGACGCCUCUCUCAUAUGCGACGGCGUUCCAAACUGCGCUGAGUUCGAUAACAGCGACGAGGAAAACUGUUAUUCCCAAGAAAUUCUUGUCUCCGGUGUAUCAGUGUUGAUACUGUUGGUUUUAAUUGUGUUGAUUGUGGUUUACUGGCAAAGAGCUAGAAGCAGGAGACAGCUGAAGGAACUGCUUGAGGUAAGCACGAAAAGCGAGCUCCAGCAACGCCCUGUUAAUCCUAUGGAACCGAACGAACCUCUAGUCAUCUCGAAGACUUCACAAAAAAUGCUGGACACAAAUUUAUCUCAAAACGAUGUACAGGAAGUCACAAAAGUUUAUGACAACUACGAACUUGCUCCCACAUACCGCACAAUAAACCCGAAGAAGCGUUUAAUUAGGCAAAGCGACGAUCCUCCUUACCCACAAACUCUAUCCAGGAACUCUGGCAGAUAUUAUCCUUCCAAGGCGGAUAGUAAAAGUGUGGUCACCGCCACUGUCCUGUCAGGAACUAGCAUAGAUUCCAAGCCAUUCCAGCGUAGGAAAGGGGAGGACAGUCUGCUGAAACAGGAAGCGAAGUCUUUUCACUCCGGAUCUGACGAGAUCUGGCAACAAAGGGAUGACUAUGUUUUUUCGAAGAUGCUUCCAUUGCAAGAUUUUUCUCGAAAAGGCAAUAAAAUUGGUGCUGUGCAGGAAACGAGUGACAAUCGGGAUAAAUAUUCAUGCAGGUUUUUGGCCAAGUCUGCUACCAAUUCUUCCUUAGCUGCCGAAGUACCUCCUCCUGCCGCUGUGUCUACCGCUCUGUACAGCUGUCGUUCAUCCACCAGCUUCGCGAAAGCCGUGCCCACGAAAGGACAGUAUGUUGACACGUUCAUGUGCACAAGGCCUUCUCAGGUCACUAAGUCUUCGUCCUCGCAUCUGGUGAGCAGAGCGUCUUAUUCUUCAGAAUCAAGCUCGAAACCAGGGGGCCGAAUCACCUACGAAACUUUACGGCUUUCCGGUGAAUCGAAGCCUCCUUCGUCGCUGCUGACCAAACCAAAGAGAAAGUCCAUUAGGCAAAAGGUCGAAUUCAGUGAUGUUAUUACUGUUGCUUUAUCACCGUCAGAUCCAAACGACAACUACAGUUCUGAUCCGGAUGAGGAAGAAACGAAAUCCGAAGUGCUGCACAAGCGACUUAAACCCACCGUUGUCUAG